AUUCCUAGGCGUUCGCAAUUAGUUUUUCCUGUGUGCUGUUUAAAUGGUGCACGUACCUACUGGACAAGAGCAUUACGCUGAAAGCACAGAGAAGUAUAUUUGUAAGAGAACUGCGACUGCCGAAAAUGUCAGCAACGACAAAGCCUGGAACUGCAAAGCCUGAGAUUGCGAAGUCUGAAACCAUCAAGCGCACUACUGAUUCACAAAUGGAAGAAUUAAGGGAAGCAUUUCGAUUUUUUGAUCGAAACCAGAACGGCAGUAUUGAACCUGAAGAAUUGGGAUCAGUGAUGACCUCGUUGGGAUAUUGCGCUACAGAUUCUGAACUAAAAGAUAUGAUCCACGAGGCAGAUGUGGAUGGGAAUGGGAAGAUCGACUUCAAGGAGUUUGUCCGGAUGAUGGAACUUAAGACCAACGAACGUCCAGAGCAAGCAGAGGACGAAGAAUUAAGAGAAGCAUUCAAGGUUUUCGACCGGGACGGUAACGGUUUAAUUAGUCGUGCGGAAUUAAGUCAAGUCAUGGGAAAUCUGGGCGAACAGCUGAGCGAAAAAGAUCUCAAUGAUAUGAUUUCUGAAGCCGACAAAAACGGUGAUGGUCAAAUUGACUAUGAAGAAUUCGUGCAAAUGGUGGCGAAGAAGUGAUUUACACAACAUUGCGCAAAGCUUUCUGACCUAGUUACGUUCGUUACAUGUAUAGUACGUCUUAUUUAGAUUCAACCAUGUUCCUGUAUGCACUAACUUAUUCGCGGUACAAAUAUAUGUUGUUUAAAAGGUGGUACCAUUAUUGAUUUUGGCACAAACUUGUUGUUUUUAUGCCUUCGCAUUGGACUGCAUUCUGUUGGCAGCAACAUAAUGUUCUGUAUUAUACGGUGCAAUUACUAAAACAUUGUAUAUUUCUUUUCCGCUUUGCGUAUAAUAAACCACUGACUUAGA